CAUCAGUAAUAUCAGCAAUGCCAGACAAAAAACAAUGUAUUAAAGUUGAGGACGAAGAACCUCUUGUAAUAACAAUCACAUCAUGCAAAGGAAAGCAUGCAAAUGCAAUUGAAAACCCCCACGUUAAGAAAGAAACACCAUUCAAAGAUGACAACCCACCUGUAUUUAUAGAACCUGAAAUUAACACUAAAACAAGUACUAUAGCUGCAAAAAUUUUGCCUGUUAUUACUCCAAGAUAUCAUGGUCCUGGGUGUUCCAUGGAGAUCGCAAUUUUGGAAAAACAUGAACACGGUUGUAGGUUUAAAAAGCUUUCCAAUGAGCUUCGCACUUCAGACGAUAGAUCGGGCAGCUUCGAAUACAUCGGUAGAUUAGCUUAUAAAACAUGUGGCGUAGCAGGUGUAUCCACACCUGCAAAAUCCAGCAUAAUAAGCAAAACAGUAAGGGAAUCCGUUGAUUCUGACGGUUUAGAAGCCCAAGAACCGUCUAAGCCUGCCAGCAAUGCCACUUCUUUACAUGUAGAUCAGACCACAGAUGUAGAAAAUAAUGAAGAAGACGCAGAAAAUUUUCCCGUUUUUAGUUCGAAAACCAUGACUCCCAGAGAAUCGCCUGCUUCAAUGCAUAAAGAUGCUGAAACUCAAGUGAAGACGAAAUCCGAGUUCCGUGUUGAAUCUUGCAUGGUCGAAACGCCCACCGAUCGAUUGACCAUGCAAGAACUAAUAAAAAAUAAACAGAUAUACGACGCUUUAUCCCGAUACUCUCCUGAUAUACUUAAAACAGAAGUUUGCGUUAAUAAUGUAACCAUCAACUCUCCUCCACUUUUCGAGAGUUUUGGUAAGGCAUUUGAAACGUAUUGCCCAUCGAAAAAGGAAAGAAAUCCUAGUUAUAUGAAGUCUUCAGGGAGUUUUGCAAAAAAAGAUUUUAGACAUGUACACACUACUAUGAGCACAAUAAUUCUUGCCAAUAAAUACGUGUCAACAACCAUGAAUGGGUCAGAUUUUCACCAUAAACCAACUCAAUGUAAAAUAGACAGUAGCAUGUCUCUCAUUAUGGGAGGGUUGCAUAUGAAAAAGAAGUUUAAAAAAAUUUGGACUUGUGUAUUAAAUAGAAAUGGAUAAAUAAAUA